UGGUGAUGCAACAGACACCUUUCCAUGCCUGUUUCACAGAAAAACCUUCUGCUGCUUAAACCUGACAAUUCUUGUCGUUUUGGAAUUGAACAUUUUGAGAUCUGGAUGGAAUCUGAGUCGUGUUUCUUCUUUUCUUUUUCCUGUCGUGGCUGCGGCACUCCUCCUCCAAAUCCCCUGUCUCUUUUGUUCAUGAUCUUUUCAGAGGCUGUGGCUGCAGCUCCUCCUCCAUGGGUGCUUGUGGUCGUUUUUCUCUAACGUUCUUCCCUCCCUCUUGCCCUGUAAAAAAAUGCGUGUGCUCGCUUGUUUGCAUGCCGAUGCGCUUAGGGGUGGACAGGUGUCUCCAGCACUCAGCCGCAGUUCCAGACUUACCCAAGACUGAAAAUCUGAGCUGUGGGGCCAUAAAGAGCCCCCCUACCUCUGCUUCAGAGGACGAUGCAGAGCUGCACAGAGCCAGCAGCCAGGAGGCUGGAGGCAGACACACAGAGCGCUGCAGAGAAGCUGCUGAUGCUGGAACACUGCUGGUGUUGAGCAGCUUCUGCCUCUCAGAGGAUCAGAGCAGCCUUCAGAUUCCCGUCUGAGCUGACAGGACAAACAGUAAGAUCUCCAGACUUGCUCAGAGGUGGAAUCGGACUCCAACACCAGAUGAUCUGAUCAGACACCUGAAGCCCCUGGACAACACAGGAACCCCCCAAUCUUCGCUCAAUCUGGACAGGUAGAUACUUCCCAGCUGUUACGACUCUGCAAAUGCAGAACCUGCAGUUGUCCCAGAGCAGGAAGUGCCCGGGUGGGCCGGCCUCUCCGAGUGCUGCCAAGCGCCUUUACAGAAACCUGUCAGAGAAACUGCGGGGAAGCACCUCAUCCUUUGAAGAUGCCUACUUUUUCGGGAAGACAGACAGGCUCCGUAAAGCGUCGGUCAGUGAAUGCAUCUUUGAGGCAGUGGAGCAGCAGGACUUGGACACCGUGCAGAUUCUGCUCUACCAGUUCUCAGCUGAGGAGGUGGACCUGAACACUCCCAACAGUCAGGGUCUGACGCCACUUGACAUCGCCAUCAUGACUAACAACAUGCCCAUCGCAAAGCUGCUGUUGAAAGCUGGUGGAAAAGAAAGCCCUCACUUUGUGACAGCAGAGAGCCGUGAGGCUCACCUACGCUCUCUGGUGGAGGAGGCGGAGCGGCGAGCGGCGGAGCUGGCAGCUGAGACCCAGAGAGAUGGCCAGUGUCUGGAAGCCUGCCACCAAGACAAGCAGCUGAUGGCCUGGCAGAAGAGGAGCAAGCUGUAUAAACGCAUGAGGACGGGUUUCCAGCAUGCUCGACCCCCAGACUCCCCAUCUAGGGUCCGUCUGAGUGUGACCAGUAGCACCACGCUGACUGUGACCUUCCAGGAGCCGCAGUGUCUCAACUCCACAGUGGUGACCAAGUACAGAGUGGAGUGGAGCUGCCUGAAGGACUUUUCACUACUCGCGGGUGAGGUGGUGUUGGACAACCUGCAGAACCUAAGGUGGACCAUUGGCAACCUCUCUACGGGGCGGCUCUACUAUGUCAGAGUUUCUGCUUACAACAUGAAGGGAUGGGGGCCCCCUGCCACCUCACUACCCCCUUCUGCAGCUCCCUCAAAUUGGAGGGAGAGUGCCGUCCAAAAGCCCAGAAGGCGAGGUCAAAUUGAGGCCAUGGAGCGUCUGCUGCAGCAAGUCCGGGCUACGCACACACACUACUGCUGUGGAGACACCUCCAAGAUGCAAAAUCAAAGCAGGAAGCAGUCGGUCUCCAGGAGCCUCAAACACCUUUUCAACUCCUCUAACAAAUUUGUGAAGACACUGAAAAGAGGGAUCUACCUAGCGGCUGUGUUUUACCAUAAGGACAGUUUACUGGUGACGGCUGAGGACCAGAUACCCAUAGUGGAGGUGGAUGACUCCUACAGCAGCUCUCUCAUGCAGGACUUUCUUUGGUUCACAAAGCUGUCCUGCAUGUGGGAGGACGUGCGAUGGCUCAGACAGAGCAUGUCCGUGUCCAUGUCUUCUUCAUCCACACUGCAGGCCCGACAUAAGAUGCUCAGUGCCGCCAGCCAGAUGCAGAAUCUCCUGGGAACUCAUAACCUGGGUCGAGUCCACUUCGAGACCAUCAAGGAUCGCCAUGGAAACGUGCUGCUGGUGACAAUCCGUGACACAGAUUCGCAGCACUCACUCCUCAGCGGGAAGUGGAUGCAGGUAACCAAACUGCAAAGCCAAAAGAAGUCUUUGUCUACACCGGAGGAACCAUACGCACUCGACAUCCUCAUCAUCACCAUGCAGGAUAUUUUGGCAUACCACCGGCGCAGCUGCCACCGCCUGACAACCGGCCUCUAUCUUGGCUACUUGAAGCUCAGCAGCUCUGUGGACCAGAUCAAAGUCCUGGUGUCCCAGCGUACCCCAAACAUGCUGUGCCACACCCGCAUUCGAGAAAACGGCAAUGUGUCCAGGGAGGAGUGGGAAUGGAUCCAGAUGUUGGCAGCUGCAGGAAGGAAAGGCUGCAGUGAGGGUGACAGCAAGGGGGAAAAGCCACAGGCCGAAAGCCACACCCCUAUAUUGUACUACGAACUGCAGACCGCUCUAAAGUCCCUUAUGAAGCACCUUAACCUACCUCUGCACCAGGCCUAUCACUUCCGUCUCUACAGCCAGGAGGUAGUGGAGCUCGGUCACGGUGUCUCCUUCUUGCUACUGCUCCCACCAGCUGACGAUGUUUGCUCCGCCCCGGGACAGUCCAACCCAUACACCUUCCUGUCAGGGUUCCUCCAACUCCCCCUGCAGAUGUUUGAGCUCAUUCAUUUCUGCACCUACAAAGAGAGAUUCAUCAGUCUGUACUGCCGCCUGUCCUCCGUCCUCGACCUGGACUCACUCAUUACCCAGCAAGCGCUUCGAGAGGCCAUUACUGACAGCGAGGUGACGACUGCCAAGAAUCAUCACCAGCUUAUCCUAGAUUACAUCCAGCAGCUGGAUGAGAUGCGACGUGACCUCAGAUGGCUCACAGAUGCUCUUCAGUAUGCUCGCUACAAGCAGCCCUGUGGCGGUUUACCCAUCAUGUGCUUGAUGGAUGCCAAAAGUCCAGACAGUGACUCCCAUCACCAGAGCACCGACUCCCCCUCCUCCACAAUGAACUUCUUGCCCACACCUUCCCCUUCUCCAUCACCAGAACACCACCGGAGAAAAGCCAUUAGUGACUCCCAGCAUGGCUCUGAUGAGGAUGCUUCCUCUGAGGUGUUUCUGCCCACAGACAGUGACUAUGACUCCAGCGAUGCCCUGAGCCCCCGGGACCAGGACCUGCUUUGCUCUCCAGAUCUUUCCCAGCAGGCUGGUUACCUGCUGGGGGGCAGUGCACCAGAUGUCCUCCAGAUCCAGGAGCUCCGGUACAGCACAUGCUCACCUACAGAAUCCCCUCCCUCCACCACAACAAAGGAUACCACCCUUACCUCCCCAUGUCUAUCCUUGGACUCCUCCUCCGCUUUCAGCCUGUCUCAGCACCCACGCCGACCCAGAAUCCACAUGUCCCCAUCACUCCCCUUUUGCCCCAGUUUCUCCAAUGAUCCCCCCCUGCCCCUCCAAUUGUCUGCAUCUCUGUCUGACACCACCAAGACUUUGGAAAGCCUCUCACUCUCCAAGGAGGGCACUGCCACAGCUGGAUGGCUCACCAACCCCCCCACCAAACGCAAGUUGCUUUCUAGGAGCCAUCGGAGCCAGUAUUUCAGUGGCCCCCAACGCUGGCUCCGGGGCAACAGUGGAGAAAGUCUCACAGGGUCUUUAUCAGAAGGUAUCUACACUAAACAAAUAGAGCCCGAUCUCCCACUGUCUGGGGACCUGCCCUCCCCACAGGGCCCUACCUACAUCAGCCAUGUUUCUUGCAUCCUUGAGAACCACAAGAGCCCGCUGAAAGAGCCAUGGCCCCCCGUCCAUAGGAUCUGUGUAGAGCCCUGCUGGGAAAAGAGGAGUAAGAAUGAGCUAGCAGGCAAGGUGGUGGCUGCAAGUGUAUCAGUUGUUGUUGAACAGGUGGAGUCUGGACGGAUAGGGGCAAAUGCAGAGGAAGCCACCACUCAGGAAAUGGACUCAGAUGACCAAACCAACUCCCAGAUGUCAGAAAUUCUUAGCAGCAUGCUAUAGGCUUUCAUUCGGAAGCAGGAGCUGCCCAGUGUUGGUUUUCAGCCCUUUAGUCACUUUUCUCUUCAAAAUUAUUGCUUUAUGCACGUCUAAGCCAGCAAAUCAGCCUCGCCGCUGGUGCGAACAGAAAUAAUUCAUUAUCAGUGAGGCUAAUAUGUGAAGGGUAAAGACCACAAUCACAUUUUGAAGGCUGGUACAACAAAAGUGCAACUUGUUCAUCAAUGUACUGUAUGGUUUGCUAAAACUAAUCUACACCAAAGUACCCCAAACCCAACAAACUUGGUGCACAUAGGCCAGGAUGUUUUGUACUCUGUCCCCCACAGAACACCAUGGAGGACCUUUACUUUUGGUUUGCUUACAAUUGAAACAGACGUCAUGGCUGACCACAACCAUCUGGACUUUUAUUGGUAGCCCAUUGACUCUAUUUGAGUACAGUCAAGUUCAGGUUAAUCGAAUUGCUUAAUAAAUAAGAAAAACAAAUUAUUUGAAACAAAAAAAAAGUUUUCUGCCUCAUGUCUGCAAACCUUUCCUUUGAACCUCUUUUUUAUUGGUCAGUUUUUCCAAACUCCAUCUUUAAUAUUUUUUUUAAUAAUCUCAUUUCACCAAAAGCAUUCAAUAAAAAAUGAGACUGUAAAUGUUCUUCAGACUCAGAGAAUAAACCCAGCCAGACAACAGCACAUUCAUCACUGCAGAUAAUAAAAUUAAGUUCCUGGUUCAACUCCCUCCAGCCACAGAACCUAUGGCAUCGACUGUUACUCAAAAAUAUCAAAUAAUAGGAAACCAGGCAUUGCAUCUCCCUAUGGAAAGUUUGCACUCAGACCUAAACACAGGCACUGUGGCUCUUCAGAAGGAAUUUAAGUUGGUUUUUGGACUGUUGUACCCACUGUAACCAACAGUGUUUAUGUGUUCCUGUUUUGCCCCAUCAGCACAAAGUGAAUGUAGUUAGGCUCCGUUUCUUCCUAGUUUUGUAUGCUGUGGUCACUUUGGUUUUGCAUUGGAGCUCUAGUAUUAUCUCAGUUGUCUGAAAGUACUUUUUGUAUGUAUUAGAUUUACAAAUGAAUGUUCCCUAUGUUGUAUUUUAUAUUUUGCUGGCAUGAUGUAGUCUGUAGUUGUGGUUUUUUUUUUUUCUGGAAACGAGCUUGCUCUUAUUUGUGCCUCGUUGGGGCCCAGUAUGGCCAGACAUUGGGGUCUGGUCAGGACCCCCCCCCCCCCCCCCCACACACACACACAUCACACUGGCUGUUUUCUUCUUAUUACUGCAGUGUUUCUCUGAAGAACUACUUUUUGUUAUUUGACUUUCAUUGCCAUUUUGCGGAAAAAUCUGUCAGCCAUGAAGAAUUGCUGAAUAUGCACAAGUUCCUAACAUGUAUGCAGAGUAUUUAAAACUAAAUAUGUUAAAUGUUUGCACAAAACAAUUAUGGAAUUAAAAAGCUAAUUAAAUAUUUGAUGCAACAGGGCAUUAACUGUGGCAGCUUUUAUUGUUUAUGACUGUAUUUGCAUCAGUAAAUGUUCUGGAAAGAGUUGUUGAUAGAGAAUUAUAAAGUAUUUUCCAGCAGGUUUCAUUGUGUUUGAAUAAGUAACUGUUGGAUUUCAGCUUUACUAUCCCUUGUGCUAUCUUAGACGACCCCACCCCACAUUGACAUGUUCUCCCUACCAUGACAAAGGUGGAUAAAGGUGGAAAAAUUUCAUGUAAUCCAUGGACACCAGUGAAGAUCACAAAUCAUUGAAGAAAAAAGGUUCAGCGCACUGUCUAGUGGGUCUAGAUGACCCAACUCCCAAUGUUAAAGUGCCUAGGAUAGCACAAGGGCUAACACACACGACUUAAUGCGUUCACCCAUUUCCAGGUAUCUGUUGUAUGACAUUUGUUUCAUUUUACUUCAUGUGGUAGCUGUGGUGCAGAGGUGGUCGACCACCGACGCUGGUUGUGUGGAAGUUUCUUGAGCACUGAAUCCUACGUAUCCUGCUCCCAGCUGCCUGGUUGGCACCUUGCAUGCCAGCUUAGCUUUUACUCUUGUUGAAAGAAAAUAUACUAAUAUCAUAUUUGACGAGCGUCUGUAAUUUUGUCCAGAGUUUACAAAUAAAUCCAACAGUUUUAAAGCUCAA